AACGAAAACUAGGCAGGGAAAACCCGGAGCUUCCCUCUCACGCUGCCCUCCUUAAGGCAGAGCCGCCCCCGUACCCCUUAGCCCUGGCCCCCUCCCGCGAGUCCCUAGAGAGCCGCGCGCCCCCUCCGGCUGCAACCCAGAGGCUGAGCGCCGCCCACCUGUGGCAGUCGGGCGGGGCUGCGCGCCGGGGAACCUGUGGCGCCGGCGGGCUAGCAACCUUGCGCCUCUCCAGCCCCUCCACGCAGCCUCGGGGCUCGGGGCAGAGCCCUGGGUGGCUUUGAAAGGCCCUGUGUGUUCGCUGUCGCCUUCUAAGGUGCUAGCAUCAUGUUUCAGCAGCGUGUACGCUAACACGCAAAAUGUUUCUCUUCAAGGAAAUGCUCACAAACAUUAAGAAGCAGUGUGUAGUGAUUAAGAAAAUGAACUGGAGCCAACUUGCUUGAAGUUGAGUCUAGGCUGUAUAACAUAUUAACUCAGUUACUUUGGAAGUUGGUGAGAUGGCAAAGCAGUAUAUAGAGAGAAGUCUUUUGGUUCCAGACCAUGUGAUCACACGCCUAAUGAUGUCCGAGUUGGAGAACAGGCGUGGCCAGCACUGGCUCCUUGAUGGUUUUCCUAGGACAUUAGGACAAGCUGAAGCCCUGGACAAAAUCUGUGAAGUGGAUCUAGUGAUCAGUUUGAACAUUCCAUUUGAAACACUUAAAGAUCGUCUCAGCCGCCGUUGGAUUCACCCUCCUAGCGGAAGGGUAUAUAACCUGGACUUCAAUCCACCUCAUGUACAUGGUAUUGAUGACGUCACUGGUGAGCCAUUAGUCCAGCAGGAGGAUGAUAAACCUGAAGCAGUUGCUGCCAGGCUAAGACAGUACAAAGACGUGGCAAAGCCAGUCAUUGAAUUAUACAAGAGUCGAGGAGUGCUCCACCAAUUUUCCGGGACAGAGACGAACAAAAUCUGGCCCUACGUUUACACGCUUUUCUCGAACAAGAUCACACCUAUUCAGUCCAAAGAAGCAUAUUGACCCUGCCCAAUGGAAGAACCAGGAAGAUGUGGUCAUUCAUUCAAUUGUGUGUGUAGUAUUGGUGCUGUGUCCAAAUUAGAAGCUAGCUGAGGUAGCUUGCAGCAUCUUUUCUAGUUGAAAUGGUGAACUGAUAGGAAAACAAAUGAGUAGAAAGAGUUCACAAGAGGCCCUCCUCUGCCUUUCAAAAGGAAGGUCACCACAUGUUUAAGGUGUCUCUGCACAUGUCUCAAGCCCUUCACAAGAAAGCAAGUACAGUGUGGAUUUCAUGUGGUGUGUAACUUCAGCUCCAGCUGGUUUUUGACAGCUGUUGCUGUGGUAUUCUUUUUUACACAUGAUGGUGAUAGUUUCUGGUUCUCCCCAUCCCCACAAAGGCUGUUGAACCACAGCACGAGGAAGCCUGAGAAUGAAUCCUAAGGACUCUAGCCCAGACUUUGUCCCAGGCUUUCUGGUGUGUGCACCCCUGGUAACAGUGAAAUUGAAGCUACUUACUCACAGUGGUUGUUUCUCUGGUCUUGAGUGACUGUGUCCACAGUUCAUUUUUUUCCGGUAGGAAUAACUCCUUUUCUGUAUCUGCACUCCAUGGAGUCUCUCCUUUUCAGACAUCCUGGGAUGAAAGAAUUUGGCUUUUUUUUUUUUUUUUUUUUUUUUUUUUUUUUUGACAUCUGUUUUCACUCUUAGGCUGUUAAACAAAACUGAUAGUUAUUGCUCUUAUCCCUCCCAAAUUCUUCUAAGAACUGAGAGUGAUGGGGCUGUAUUGAAUUUCUGUAUGCACCGGGAACUGAGCUAUGAAGAGGAUAUUAAACUGCUGGUCUGACUCUCAUGGAUUGACACUGUUCCUUUCUAUUAUUGUGAAAAAAAAUUAACCCCCUAAAAGUCUUGGGAACCCCCUAAAGUCUUUUGGGAAUCCUCAAAAAGCAUGGGAAGUAUAAGUAUUUAGCUACAUAAAUGUUGUAAGAUCAUAUCUUAUGUAUAGAAGUAAUAAGACCGUUUGGAAUUACUGGACUAAUUGAAUAGUUACGGUUUCUAUUCAGUACAAUAAAAUGUAUUUUGAAAGUGCUGCUAACUAUUGAUGCUGACAGUGUUUCACUCCUAUGAGUGACCCAAACAUAUUAUAAAUAGGUGGUAAAGGGAGUGGAGCCUGUGGGGUUGAGCAGAAUGUUGUACUAGCUGUGCUUAGACUGAGUAUAACAGCUUUAUGAUUAUGGGAAAACAAAAUCUUUAUUUUUUUUUUCUGUUCCAAAGAUUCAUCCUGUGGGGUGGCCAUAAAGUCUAGAAUUAGAUACUAAUAUGUUGUCAUUCAUUAUAACAUAGUAUCAAUAAACCAUUUGUUAAAAGAUUUGCCUGGUUUCCAGACUUGGUGGCCACCUUGAAUAAUUCUUCCUAUCCUCUGGGAAGGAUGAUGAAAUUUAUUCCUGCUGCCUUAAAAGUAUGUAUCCCUUCUUCAUGCAUCAUGACUGUCCCCAGCGAGUAUCCUUUACUAUUCCUGGGAGUGACUCCUGUCUAACUUUUCAUACUGGUGAGAAGAAAAGAAGCCUAUUGUAACACUUUAGUGGUGUUGAAACACAUUACUUACUUUCUGAAGAUGUCCCAGUGAAUGCUCUGUCAGUUCACUGCCGUAUGUCAUCUGUGUGAUAACGAAUGUAUCUUCCUUCUAAGUACUGCCCAAACUCUUGCCAGCUCCUCUCCCAUUGUCCCUUCAUGUGAUUAUUUUUUUGGCUACUUUAGUGGAAAUAUAGACCAGUCUUCUCCCCAUCCAUCCUCUCAAACAUAAUGAGAUUGUUUAUUUUUUAGAUUUAUGCAGUGAAAAUGCCCAGUCAGGUCUAUGAAUCGUCAGUGCAUUAUAUUGACUCUGAGCACUUUAGAAUGUAGAGUUGUAAUUGAAUGCCAGCUGUGGAGAUGGGGUGCAUAUCAGAUAUGUAGAUAAAGCUCAGGUUUGCUAGGGAACCAGGUAUAGAGAAAAAUAAGUCUGAUACGAGGAAAAUUGCACAGCUUAGAGUAGUUCUGCUAUAGAUAAAAUUCCCACAAAAUAGGAAAUGUAGAGAGUUAUUCUAUAAAAUACUAAAAAAAGAAAAGUCUGUGCUUUUUUGGAAACAGGAAAAUCUUCAAACUUCUUUCUUCACUUCCCUUUGUGUUUAGCUGACCCUCCAAUGUGAUCAUUGCUUUUGGAGUUUGGGAGAGGUAUGGGAAGUGGCCUGAUCCCUGCUUCCAUACUUCACUCCUCCAUCCAUCCUUCCCUUCCUCUUCCCCUCCAGCUAAAUGGACAAUUCUAGCCAACACUGAGUCACUCUUAAGUCUCAACAGUGGGUGUGUUUGCUGAGAUUGUCCAGCAAUUGAGCAGUUUGGUCUCACCUCCCUCGCUAGCUGAGACCAAAAAGAGACAAAUACCUUUUUCAUGGUCUUAGAAACAUAAUGCUUAUUUCGUGGUCAGUGGCUUUUAAAAAAUCUAUUUCUGGUUUUCUUCAACAAACUCACUAGUUUUCCCUUAAAUGAUUUUGUAAAAAUUAAAGUUAUCUUGAAAAUGUUUUGGCAAAAGUAAAAUUAAAGGGACAUCUUUUUUGUUUUGUUUUUUUUUCUGUUGCCACACAUGGCUGUUCCUUCACCUUUAAGCAAAGAGAGUGGUUCAGAUGGUUUCUAAGAUGCCAACCUGACCUUGCAUUCUGUCAUUCUACCCAGCUCUUAGUUCAGUUUGCUUCCAUUAUCCUAACAGGCUUCUUACUGACUUAGAACUUGGAAAGGCUGCUAUAUUUAAUACUCUCCAACAGUAACGCAGACUUAAGAUAGAUAAUGUUUAUUGAAAACCUACUGAGUGAAACGUGCGGUUUUAGGAUCUUUGUAAAACAUCUCAUUUAAUCUUUUUAGCAUCCUAUGAAAUAGUUAUGAUUUCACUUUGAUAAAGAAGAUGGGUCCCAGGGAUAUGAAGCAUCUUGCCCAGGCUUCUGUUGCUGGUGACCAGUGUAGCUGGAACUCCAGCUCAGGUUUUCCUGACUCAGAAGACUAAGCUUGUUCCUGGAUGUUAUUAAUAGCUACUUGUGUCCAAGCAACCAAGGGUCUUGAGUCUACUUGGUUCUGCUUAUGGCCUCACAUCAAGAAUAAUAGAGCUACUCUAGGUAUGGUGGAGCUAGUCCAUGCCUGUAGUCCCAAUGCUUUGGGAAUCCCUGAUGGGAAGAUUGUCAGAGGCCAAAAGUUCAAGACAAGGCUGGGCAAUAUCACAAGACUCCAUCUCUACAGAAAAAUAAAAAAUUAGCCAGGCAUGGUGGUGUACACUUGUGGUCCUAGUUACUCAGGAGACUGAGGCAGGAGGAUUGCUUGAUCCUAGGAGUGCGAGGCUGCAGUGAGCUAUGAUUGCACCUCUGCACCCAAGUCUGGGCGACACAGCGAGACCCUGUCUCUUAAAAAAAAUAAAAAAUUGCAGAGCUCACCAAAGUGAUGUUCACCUUUUUAUGAUGUUCCUUUUUUUUUUUUUUUUUCUUUUUCCUUUGCUUAAGCAAAGAAAGCUGCUAGAAGAGAGUCUUAGUUUUCCUGCAUAAGACCUCCUUUAUGAAUAGAAUAAAUGACUGUCAGAGUAGGCUGGGCUUGGGCCCAGGCUAAACUAUGAAGGAAGAAGCUCAUAUCCCAUAACUACCCUUUCGGUGUCCAUUGGGUUGUGCCCCAGAAGUGACCUUUGCCCUUGAGCCAUCCCCAGCCAUGGUGCCCACACAUAGGCUUUUGAGCUCCUUGGAGCUCUCCAGACCCUGUUCACUUUUCCUUCCUGAGAUUAGAACAAAUCACCCCCUUACUCCCACUCCAAAUAAGGUCUUGAUGAUAAAGUAAUCCUUACAAUGCUGGUAGAUAAACAAGCGAUGAUGAAGCAUCGAACACUGGUUAGCUCCUGACUUCUGUACCAAUGUCUCUGUAUUCCAUUACACAUUAACAUGACUCUGAGUGCCACAUCCAAACCUUUGCCCACCAUCUGCUUGUUGUGCAACAGUUGAGGCAGUAACCAGGGGAGAUUCACUUCCUGUCUUGUCCUUCCCCAGGGAUCACUCCCCUGCUGCCCUGCAGCAGCCAAGCUCACAUGAGCUCCAUUGUUACCCUAGGUGUGCCCAUCUCUUUGGUAGGGAAGGAGAAAGGUAAGAAUAGCCAUGAAUGAGGAAGGAUUCUUGGAGGGAGGGGCUGCUGUGGUUUUUCCUGCUAUUUAAGAUGUUGAGACCGGAUAACUUUAGAAAAAUGCCUGCACAAACCCAUAAAUAGUGCUUUUAUAAAGUUUAGUUCACUGGAACCUGAGUUCAGUAUUUGACAUUAGCUUUUUGUCCAAAGAAUUGAAGCCUGCUGGAGGUCUUUGCUCAAAUAAUAAAUACUGCAUAUUUCCAAAUGUGUUCAGGUAUAGGCACUAGGUACUGUCUGUUUACUCCAUGUUAGGUACAUUACAUGCAUUGGCUAAUCAAAUCCUCAUCAAUUACCUAUGUAAUAAUCUCAACUUGCCUCCUUGUAUUAUAAAUGGAAAUAAUCCUGUUUAUUUCAGUGGGUUUUCAUGUACCUAUAGGGAUUAGUCAGGAAAUUCAAAGGGCCUUUUUUAUACCUUUCCCCAGUUUGAGCUCCCUGUUCUCUUUAACAGAUAAAACAACAUAUUUGCUUCAGCCUGGAUUCUUUGUUUUUGGUGCUUUGGUGCAGAGACAGGAAAUGGGCACUCAGAGUCACACUGGUAGUUGCACACUGUAUCUACAGAGGGCGUGUCUCAUCUGUACUCUGCUGGGUUACAGGAUUUCAGGAGGUAUUUGUGUCCACCUGAAAAUUCCAUUUAUUGCCUUUCAUUUAACAGUGUCUUUCCUUUCUGCAGUUGGUUUUGCUAGAGAGGCAAUUCAUAAGGUGAGGUCCUGUUCAUAGUAGACUUGCUUUCUCACUAUCCCCUUCAAUUUUUAGUAACUCCCUGGUCUAUUUGGUGUCUUAAAAAAAAAAAAUAACCUGGUAAUGGAGACUUCUUUUACUAUGGAAAUGUGGUCUAGUGGUAAGUUAUUCCUUUCCACAUGUAACUGACCCAGUCUGGUUUCUGAAUGAGAAGUGUGCAAGCCCCAGAUGUUGAGACGCCGUAUUUCAACUGUGAAAAAAAUCUGCUUCCUGCAUCUGUUGAAAUAUAAUUGUUCAUACUUGCCAUCCCUUAUCUUUCUUGUAACAAUAUGCACAGUUUUUGCCAGAAUAAAUGCCAUUAUCUGUAUGCUUCAGGGAAUUCCCCAAUUUGAUCUGUGUGUGUGUGUGUGUGUGUGUGUGUGUGUGUGUGUGUGAGUGAGAGAGAGAGAGCUGCAGUAAAACACUUCUAAAGGGUGAAAGCUCUUGUAUGGUAUAGAUACCUUCCUCUGGUAAUAAUUACGUUAUUCCCGGAAGCACAGUGUCAUUCUUUAAAUAAAAGCUUUCCUGUUUAAAGCUUUUCAAAGAAGCAGACCAUCUUGAAGAUUUCCCCUAGGGUUGAUAUGUGUCUAAUUCAUUUUAUAAAAUCCUUCUUGUCUUCAUUUUAAAGCUUUGGCUAUAUAGUCAGAAAUGUCCUAAAUAACAAACUAUUUUGUAUUUAAUUUAGAGAAAAGGGAAGAAAAAUGAAAACUCAGUCUUUAUGUAAGCUCCAAGGAUAUUAGGGCUUAGAGGGCUUUUCUAGUUUUAUGAGAAUUUGUACUACUGAUUUUUAUAGAUUCUUGUUUUUGAGAUGAACAGAUCUCUGGGGAAAUUGUUGAGUUACAAUGGCAUUUCACUGUGAUCCCUCUCAAGCUCACAUCAGUUCUGUAACCCAAUGACAACCUGCCUCUUUGGUUUACUGUCCUGUGAAAUGUCAGCUCAGGUUUCCCAGAAGUUGUGUGUUUAUGAUGAGUCAGAGUGCUUUUCCUCAGUGGGACAGUUGCUGGCCCUCUUAAUUUUGGUGUAUGUGCUUCAAAGUAUCUAAACCUCCAGUCUGAUCUGUAUAUGCUAUCCUGUUAAUUGUAUUAUUGAUUAUUUUGAUUAUCUUGCUUGAAGGUUCAUACUUUUGAAUUUGAUAGAAAUAAAGUUUUUUCUGCUUAUAACUAG